CAUUUUACUUUUGAAUCAGGACCAUCGUUAAGGAAAGAUGAAAGCAGGAAGGUUUUUCCAGACGUCCCUUGUCGUAGUGGUGGUCAUACUGGUAGUCAUCGCCGGGGCAGAAGCGAAGAAGAAAAACAAGAAACACCCUCCCGAUUCACCUGGGCGGCUUAAAGAUGCACCUAAAAAAGGAUCAAGCAGUUCAGCUGGGGCACAUGAUACCGUAGCUGAACAGGACAACGAGUCAACUACAGUAGCUCCUGCUAAGGAUGUCCCUCAGGCCGAUCCGGCAGUCGCCCCCGAAGUCGAAGCUCCGCCAUCAAAACAAAAGGGGAAACACCGAAAUCGAGGCGGGAGGCGAAAUCGGGACCAGCCAGACGCGGCUGAAUCGAGCGACGUCGUUCAAAAGGAAGUAAAGGAUAAAGCCAAUCGGAAAAAGGAAAGAAGCGAGAAGAAGAAGCACCACAAGAAGCACAAUUGGGAGGAUACGAUCACGACGACGACAGCGUCAAUGAACGGAGAUGUGAACGAACUACCCGACCCCGUCGCCGAAAAUGAACCAAUGAUUAUGGAGGCAACCGCAGAGACCGUGGUCGAUGGGGAGCCCUUGGUUGAACCCGAAGUCGAGUUAGAUGAGGGUGUCGUGGCGACGAUGAUCACGGCGACGACCAUGUCGUCGAGGAAGCAUAACCGUGAUCGUGGGGGUAAGAGGAUGAGAGAUGAAGCUCAGACGGAACGCGAGGCUAGGAGAGUACGCAAGGAGCAGAAGAAGAUGGAGAAGCAGGAGAACAGGAAACACCGAAAACACACCUCUGAUCCAGCUGAUGAGGUGGAGAUCAUAGUAAACCCAACGCCCUCACCGGCUGUCGAUGGCAUCAAUCUCACCCCAUCAGGUCCAUCACCGUUACAGACAACACAGCAACAACCAACGCAGACUGAACAAGACAAGAGCAGAAAAGAUAAGAAGAAGAACAAGAAGCAGAAAUUGGCGGAAGAGACUGAAUUAUCUAAGACAGAGAAAAAGAUACAGAGAAUAGAACGUAAGAUGCAGAGGAUGGGAAACAAAGUACGUAAAAAUGCCACCAAGAUUCCAUGCGAUGACCAUGAGAAUUGCCAAGAAGGUCAGUGCUGUCUGCUAAGACGCGGGAAGAAAGUAUGUCACGUGGUCAACAAACCGGAAGGACACCAUUGCGUGCAUCCAUGCAUGUGCAGUGAAGGUCUUACUUGCCUAGGAAAGAACAGGAAACAGAAGUCUUUGAGCAAAGGUCAUUGCCACCGUGUCGAUAUAACCGAGACAGUCGGAGAGGGCGCUGUAGCUGAUAACCAAGCCCCUGCUACAGUAGAUAACGAACUACCGCAGUAAAAGUAGAGUUUCUUUUGCACCUAAUUGAAAAAAAUGAAAGAGGGUUUCUUAGGUUAAAUCAACAUUUAACAAACUACUUAAAGAUCCUACUUGAAAAUUUUCUCCAUAAUUAGAGUAAAUAUGACUUGAUGACAACCCACAAACAUGCUAAAUUUGUCAUGAUUUGCAAGACUGUUCAGAAAAAUGAAGACAACUUUAAAACGGUUUCCGUUUUUGUAAUGAAGUAUAAGAAGAAAAAAAAAUGGGGGGGGGGGGGUUGUCAUUUAUCUGAAGGUCAUUAGUUAAGGAAAAACCUAAAUAUAAAGAAGUUUAUGCUAGAGAAGGCUCUAAAAUAAUAAAGGAAUCGUAAAUAUUAAUCAAGUGAUAUGAAUGAUGAUUGUCACUAAAAAAUAUACUCUCAGAUUAAAACGACUUUCAGUUUUAUCAUCUAAAUUCUAUUAUGCAAAUCAAAAAGAGAAAACUGUGUACAUUUGUAAAAGAAAAUGUUGCUAUUGAUAUUCGAGCUUCUUAUCAAAAUCUUUCUAAUGUGAAAAAAGCCGAUUGUAUGUUUAUUGCUGUGUCAUUUUCCCCGUUAAAUAUCAUUUGUAUUUCUAUGCACAUGGUUCCACACUUCAUAGUGUAAGUAUAUAUCUUCAGUGAGCAGAAAAUGACAUAUCAAAGUCUAAAAAGACAGAGGGGAAGAGGACUUCAGACGUUUGCCUUUCUGUAUUUAAUCUGGCAGUUAAAAUGUGAUUUUUAAAAAAUAAGUUUCUAGUUUCUAUAAUAUUUGUUUUGAUAGGUGAAGUUCUUCAAUUGCAGUGCAAUACAAAUUCAUUGUUUAGACUCAUACUCAUUCCGUAUCCACAUUUAUUACUAUCAUUAUUAUCAUAUGAAAUGUUUUAAGAUAAAGCAAUUCAAAAGUGUAAAAAGCAAUAUUCUAGAUCUAUUACAGAAUAGUGAAGAUU